AUGUCUGAUCCAACAGGUACAGCUGGCACCGCUCUCGGGGCGACCAGUCUCUUCCUCCAAAUCUUCCAAGGGUGCGUUGAUGGUUUUUCUGUAUGGCAAAAAGGCGAAGCGCUAGCCUCCGACGCGCUUAUUUUCAAAGCUCGUCUCGAGAUGCAAGCUGCUCGAUUCAAGGCCUGGGGUCUAGACUGGGGAUUUGACCGGGGACCUGACGCGGCUUGUUGGAGAGACAAUCGCUUCAUCGAGAACGGAGACCUCGCUGUGAAAUAUGUUGUCAUCAUCUACGGUUUCUUGGACUCACUUGGUGAACUAUCCCAAGAGUUCCCGGUGUUGGCGUCUGCGGAGAAUGUCCCUGUUUCAGCGGCGACUUCGCUCGGGGCUAUGCUCCGAAUGGCGUUUAAGGACUCUCAGGAGCGGGAAGAGUGGGCGAAGAAGCUUGAAGCGAUGCGCGAUGAGGCCAAAGUGUCGGAGAAACUGCGAUGGGCUCUCAAAGAAGGGGAGAUCACAAAGACACUCGAGCUUCUUGAGACUAUGAUUGAUGAUCUCUGCAAGUUCUUCAAACCGCCUGAGAAUGACCCCGUCGCGUUGCAAGUUGCGAAUUCUCUACUCUCAUCGCUCAACAUCACUAAGCUGAACGCUGUCGCUGCGGGCGCGCCAGAUGACUCGAUGCUUCAGAGUCUAGCUCUCCUCAAGGUUAUGGUUCUGCAACUUCAACUCGGUGCUCGCAAUGCAGAGAAGGUGGAUGAGAAAGAUAGAUCGCUCCGUGAAACAGGACAGCUCGAUGAGCGAACGAGGCGAUCGGCUGGGGUAUUUCGGAAGGGGACGACCUCUACGGAUGUUUUGGUGGAGUGGAAACUGAUCGAUGGUUCUCAUAUCCCUCCUGGACACACUGCAGCAACGUAUCGCGCAAUGGCAGGUAAUCGCAUCAAGAAUCUGGCGCGACUUCUCAAAUGGAGCUCAAGGCUUGGAGAUCUCAGAACAUUAGACUGUAUUGGAGUCAUCACCCGCGAUGGGCUGUCCGAUGAUGAAGUCCGAUACGGGAUCAUCUUCAGCACGCCAACAAAAAAGUACAAAACACUAAAGACUAUCCUCGAGGGGCCACAGGACAAUAUCUACCUCGAUGACUGGUUCAGAGUCGCGAAGAGCGUGACGCGAGCGGUGCUGUGUUUGCACCUGGCAGGCUGGCUGCACAAAGGACUUCGCAGCGAAAACAUUCUGUACUUCCAGGAUGAUGCAGGUAACAUCUCUUACGAAGAGCCUUACCUAGCCGGUUUCGAGUACAGUCGAGAGAUAUCAGCGCCAGGGCAAACAGAGGGCGUGACAGAUGAUCUAGAAGCGAAUCUGUACCGACAUGAAGAAGUCCAAGGUGUACCUAAAGAGCCUUCGGACGAUGAUCAAGGGGAACCAGCCAAAACUUCUUUUGCGAUGAAGCAUGAUAUCUACAGCAUUGGUAUUCUUCUGCUCGAGCUCGGACUUCAAAAGCCAAUGAUCCAGUUGUAUGAAGAAGCUAUACAGACCGAGAACUACGAGCAUUCCGCCGCUGCGUUUCGGAAAUGGAUACUGAGCAAGGCACUCCCGAAGCUUGGGCGAUCAAGAGGAAAAGAGUACAUGAGGGCUACAGAGUUAUGUCUGGAGUCGGAGUUUGAGGGGACUUCUGCGGAUGAGCUGCAACAGGCAUUCUACAAGAGCGUUCGCCUUCGUCUUCCCAUCAACAUCCUUCAACACCCGCGCCAAAGUCUUCUUCCCCUCACAGCACUCUUCGCACAGCAACAUAUCACCCCUUAUUCUCCUCAUUUCCUGAUGGACGGUGGAUCGAGACGUCGCGGCGGUCGCGGCGGCAACCGUCGAGGUUUCAGCUCUCGUGGCGGUGGUCGCGGCGGUGGUCGCUCAAACCAGCCUCGCAACCCAAAGAUCAAGACCGAGAAUGAGGAUGUCGAGAUGGCUUCACCCUCGCCUGCGCCGCCGCUCACCGAAGAGCCCACCUCGCGUCGUUUCGACAGCUUGUUGGAGAACAACAAGGUCAACCCUCUCAUCGUGCGCACCAUCACCAACGACAUGAAGUUUGAGUUCAUGACGCCCGUCCAAGCCGCGACCAUGGAUGAGCUUCUGCCCCCGAACCGCAGCGACUGUCUCGUCCAGGCGCGCACCGGCACCGGCAAGACCAUGGCAUUCUUGAUCCCUGCCCUGCAGACUAUGAUUAACCAGAACAGAGCUGCCGGCGAUGGCAUUUCGCUACUUGUCAUCUCACCGACUCGUGAGCUCGCGCUCCAGAUCUCCGCCGAGGCAAAGAAGGUUCUUCAAGGACUGCCCAAGUAUCGCGUUCAGGUUGCCAUUGGUGGAACGAACAAGGAUCGUGAGGAGAGAGCCAUUCUCGCUGGUUGUGAGAUUCUCAUCGCUACGCCUGGUCGUCUUCUGGAUCAUAUGUCCAACGAGGAUAUCGUUUACAGCAUGCGUAAGCUCAACACUCUUGUUCUCGACGAGGCCGACCGUCUUCUCGACAUGGGCUUUAUGAAGGAUCUGCGUGACAUUGUCGGCCGUCUUCCCGACAAGACCAAGUCCGACCGACAAGGCAUGCUCUUCUCCGCCACCAUCGCUCCCCACGUUGAGCAAGUCGCUGGUCUCGUCCUCUCGCCCGGCUACAAGUUUAUCUCGACCAUUCCCGCUGGUGAAGCCAACACCCACGAGCGCGUUCCCCAGUUCCUCGUCCAGGUCCCCACCUUUGGCGAUGUUGCGCCCGCCAUGGUUGGCUGUAUUCGUGAGGAAGCCACACGCGGCCAGGCCUUCAAGGCGAUCCUUUUCGCGCCGACCGCUGCCAUCGCUGAUUUCUACGGACGCCUUUUGGAGGAUCUUCCUGGCCUUCCCCCCGUUUCAAUCCUGCACAGCCGCAUGAGCCAGAACAAGCGCACAAAAAUCACCAACGACUACCGAACUGCUCGCAACGCUAUUCUCGUCGCUACCGACGUCGUCGCUCGUGGAAUGGACUUCCCCGGCGUCACCACCGUCAUCCAAGUCGGUAUGCCCGCCGACAAGCAGAGCUACAUCCACCGUCUCGGCCGAACAGCACGAGCCGACGCUGAAGGUCGCGGAAUCCUUAUAGUUUCCGACGCAGAGGGUUUCUUCCCCAAGUACUCCCUCAAAGAAAUCAACCUCCUCCCCCGCGAAGCCGAUCUCUCACCGAGCAGCGACGUCAUCGAAGUCGCCGAGAAGAUGGAGGAUGACGAGAAAUCCAGAGUUUACCAAGCUUGGCUGGGCUACUACAACAGCCACAUGAAGUCUCUCCGCUGGGACAAGGAGGAGCUCGUCCGACAAGCCAACGUUUACGCACGCGAGGGUCUGGGGUCGCCUGACGUGCCUACUAUUCAGAAGAGCACGGCUAGCAAGAUGGGACUGAGGGGUGUGCGGGGGCUGAACACGGUUGCUGAUCGACCUCGUCAGAAACAUGGUGCUCCUGGUGGACACGGAGAUAAUGGACGCGGAAAGCGAGGACGCAACUAG